AUGAACUUCUACCAAAGAUAGUAUACAUUAUCGAAAUUUACAGAGAACAUCUAUGAAACCCUCUUUUUAGAUGGUCAUGAAUUUCGCGGACGAAACUGGGGUAUUCUCCCCAUACGUCUUUGGGACAAUAACAACAGUUUUAGUCGUUAUUAUGAGUGCUUCUUUGACUACGAAUCUACUCGUCGCGAUAGUUAUGGCCAAGAAAUGUCAACUUGGAGCGCAUUCUUCUCACAUUGGAUCGAAUCGGUUUGUUUUGAAUUUAUGCGUGACAAAUGCUGUUUUAUCUGUACUGGUUUUGCCUUUUGUCAUUGUCUCUACAAUCAAGCAAAGAUGGAUAUUUGGCAAUGUUUGGUGUCAAGCGUCAGGGUUUUUCACGAUUCUUUUAAGUACAAACUCGCUAUUGACUGUGAUGAUAUUGAGCAUAGAUCUUUACCACUGUAUUGUAAAUCCUUUAACAUACCAUCGUAGAAUGACGCCUUCAAAGACUAUAAGAUUCAUAAUAUACUCAUGGAUACUGAGUUUACUUGCUGCAACAUUACCUCUUGUUGGAUGGGGUCAGUACGGAUAUCAACAAUUGAAAUAUUCUUGUACCGUUGUUUGGGACAGUACUGUUAGCGGUGGAUACGUUAAAUUUUACGCCGUGAUAUUCUUCUUGGUGCCUUUUUCAGGGAGCUGUUGGGCCUAUUAUCAUAUCGUAAAGGCAGCAAAAAGACAAGCUCGUAUUUUACCCAUAAACAAUGUGCCAUUUAGGGGCUCAAUUAGUUCGACAUUAUCUGGGAACUUUACUGGUUCAAAAGCAUUUAGAAUAACAAUAUUAGUUCUGGGUAGUGUAACAAUUUGCUGGGGUACAUAUAUCGUAACUAUCCUGCUAGAGUCGAGCAAAGUGAACACUCCAACAGAGCUACAAGUGACGAUAACAAUUCUGAACUCUUUGAUGACAUUUAUUUAUCCAAUGAUCUAUGGCAUAAGGAUCAAAAAGACACGAAGACGAAUUCGAAAACUGUUUAUUUCGAUGUGUAUAUGCGGUCAUGAUAACAAUGUCCGUCCUGUAACCUCUUCUGAUGCAGGAUUCUUCAUCAAUUCGACGCGUGCGUUUAGAAAUCGUUCUGUUUCGGAUGGCUCUGUGUUGGACUUCGAAGGAGCCAGAGAUCUAACAACGGGUUGGUGUUUACCAGCUAUAGUUGAAGAAACAGACGAAAGUCAUCUUCGAGUUUUUACCGAAGUAACUGAUCUAGACCGUGUGCAGUCUAUUCCUGGACAGAUUUCUGAAUAAAUUAUUUACAUACAACAUAGUUUGUGCAUCUCAAUUGUCCUCGGUUCGGUCAGAAUCGCGAACUUUUAUUUACCACGCGACAAAAGACAAAUCUUCAGUGUAAAAAGUUUAUCAAUGAUGUAAAAUGUUUUGGAGCAAAAUUAUCAAUUAAAAGCGACAUUAUUUAUAUAUAAAGAAUACAAAAUAUGUAGGUGUUUGUACAACAACGUGGUAUUUCCGGUUGGCGCCAUACUUCCUUUCCUAGUGGUCAAGUCUGGGUGGUCGUCUAGCAAUCCCUGCGUUCCUAUUGGCUACCAUUAGAUGUUAUCUAGGCGUUACUAUGCAACGGCAUCUGGUUCCCGAUAAGACCACCCUCGCGAAUCCUGAUAAAACCUCCAGAACUCCAUAAAAGGUAUCCACUAUGCCAGGCUCCUUUCCGUAGAGGUAGAGAAAAAAAUGUGUAUUAC